UUUGGACGUCGAAGAAAGAGGGGGGUGUUCGCUGCUUUUCGAUCAUAAUGCCAUCUAUACAAAAAUGGCUCAAACUGCUCAACAGGUUAUCGAUCGGUUUUCGGAGCACCACCGCUGCCUAUUGGAAAGCAGCUGAAGCUAAUUACCGACUUAUGGAUAAAAUCGGUAAGAACCGACUUGCUUUAGCGACUAACUGUUUAUUUGAGAAACUUUUAUUCUUUCUCGAAUACAAAAGUGUCUCCCGUGAAUUAGAAAUAAUGCCUAAUGGCUGGAGUAUCAUACUCAGUAGUGAGGACACCUUCUCCGCUGGCUUAGACCGCCAUUUUCCCUAGAGGGACGCCGAGGGUGAUCGAGGGUGUACAUACGUCAGAGGGAAAUAAGAACAUCUCACACACUUCGUUCUGUCUAACGAGCCAAUUCGACCCCUAAUACUUGGUUAUCGUUCCACGUAUCCUAUAGAGUUCAGUGCGCGCCUUCCUUCGACAUUGAACUCAUGAAAAACAGAGGAAAAAAAUUCCCACCACGGUUUCGAAGCCAUAGUUUCCUCCCCGGUCCUUUCCCCAAGAGAAACUCCCUAGGUCGCGAGCAGCGACAUCGGGGUGGUUGGAGAAAAUUCGACCCUAGUGGAGCGCGUGCAAUACGAGGCGCGCGUAGAAGAGCGCAUGCUGGGACGUGUCACGGACACGCGUGUGCCAGGAUCGCGCAUACACUCGUGUGGUGACUGGCCAGAAGGCGUCGCGCCGGGACGCAAGGGGGGCGUCGUUCGAGGCUUGGGUGAGCAGACAGGCGCGUAGAUAGGCCAGCUCACGGUGGCAUAUCCCGCAGCGAGCUACGGAGAGAAUUGUCCCAUGCUGGUCGGCCACCUCGCGUGGCUCGCGUACAGACAGUUGCUCAUCGUGGCCAAGUUACGUUUUAAACGCGAAGCAAGUUAAGGGUGUUGGGGGUUGAAAAAAAAAAAAGAAAACGAAGGGCGCGUAUCCCGCGUAACGCAUCGGUCCGUAGACACUGACUGCUUGCCAGUAUCCAGAGUGAUAGGACGAACUGCGGUGGUGGUGCUCGUGGUGGCGGCGGCAUUGGUAGUGGUGGCCGUGGUGGCGGCGGCGGUGGUGGUGGUUUCCUAUCGUGGUGGUGUCCGCUGGUAGUGGUGGUGCUGUCAGAGUAGUGCUGCGCCUGGUUCGACGACGGCGGCGAGGGAGAGAAAGAAAAGUGGCCCUCGAGGUUACGAGGCCAGCGGAGAAAGUGGGUGUUGCCGGAGUGACAACGGGGAGGAUCAUCCGGCUCCUCGGCGCCAGGACUCGAGGAAUAGGAUGUACGUCGGUCGUCGAUCCAGGAGUCGACGUCUUCCGACCGACACUAGCCUGAUCCUCGUCGAACGUGUGCCUCGCUGGCAUCGACGCUGAAGCUGUUGUUCGUCCAGGAUGGCAGGAUCGAGACAGGAUGGUCGGCGAUGCCUUGAACAGUGCGCGACGCUGGUAAAUCCUGGCGAAAUACGAAGCUGGUCUUCGUUCGAUUAGAAGAAAAAGAGGGAAGCCUUGGUUCGAGGCUGAAAAAGGGGGCGACGGGGUGGGCUCUUGGUAUCCGCCGGCUGGAUCGAGAUGAGCGAUCUACAGGCCACACUCGAGUUCUCCCUCGAGCUUUGCAAGUUCUACAAUGUCGACCUGUUCCAGCGUGGGUAUUACCAGAUCCGCACCGCCCUCAGAGUGUCGCCGAAACUCCCUGUCAAGGUGGAAGUCAACCAGCUGCGCAAUCACUCGUUGGAGGCGCCCGGGACGAGCAAGCGCUUUCAGAUCCUCUACAGAAACGAGGAGGUGACACUUGGCACUUCGGUCCUAUUCCGUGCGCACGUGCUCGUGCACAGUCAUAAGAUCGAGGAGGUGCUCUCCCGCACCCACUUCAAUCUCGGCGUCGAGUUAUGGUUCAGCGAGCCGACGCAACCUGGGAACAUGGCCUGCGUCUCGUCUAGGGCGUUGCAGUUGAACUUCGCACCCACUAAAGGGCUUCACUAUCAUCUACCCGUUCUCUUCGAUUAUUUUCAUCUAGCUGCGGUGUCCAUGACCAUCCAUGCUUGUCUCGUGGCUCUUCAUCAACCUUACAUCAAGAAGAGCAUACUUCAUUAUGUACAAAGUUGCGCGCCGCGUGGAGGGAAACCAUGGCUGCAAUUUAAACAGUCACCUGCGAACGGAGACAACAAUGCCGGGUUAGGAAAUAUCGAGACGACGACGAGGUGUGUCGGUUCAGCGACGAGGAUACAACACGCGAAACUGGUUCAACAAGAGGUAAUCAGGUUACUUUUGGCCGCCAGAGAAUCUUUGCUCAACGAUUUAGCUGAUCUAGCCCGGCUUCUACCUUCUUGCCAACAAAGAGCACUCGAGCUCGCUCAGAACACGCACAAAGAAAUUACCAAGAUGAUGGACACGGAGGAAACUGAUAUCGCUCAACUCUGCGCACAAAACAUUGUUCUUUGGCAACAUUUUUUGGAAGCGUUCUCCGGACGGGAAGCUGUUCAUCAACACCUCGCGAGGGUUCAUCAUCAGUUAAGGGUGAAACGUUUCGCGGAAGGUUUCUUCGUGCUCGAGAAUCCGAGGACAUCGGCGUGGGGCUGUUACGACGCGAACUAUCAAUCGUAUCAAGCGGUGAGCGAAGCGGCUCGAAGAUCGCGGUACCUGGCCACUCUACCUCCUCUUCCGGUUCACUGUCCGGAACUCGACGGGGAUCUUCAUUCUCUCCCGUUGAUCUUCGAGGACCAGUACGUGGACAUGAAACAGAGGCACAGAAACAGCGGCAAGUAUCAGUACGACGAAAAAAUUCCCGGUAUGGACGACUGUAGCUGUGGGAUUGCCGCGAUCCUGGAGUCGAGAUCGAUGGGGAUCUGGUCGCCCAGGAGCGAAGGAGCAGCCCAGGACAUAGGAUCUAUCCAGGGUCGUCUGACGCUCACUCCUUCCACGCUUCCCGCGAGGCACAGCAAAUCGUUGGAUCAACUGGGUCCUGACAUUACUCCUGUACAGCCGAGAACGUCGCCGAAGACGCUUCCUAGGUCCGUGUCCACGCAGUUGUUCCCGAGACAGAGAGGAGGGACGCGAAACGUGACUCCUCCAGCAACGGUGCCUUCGAGAGGAAGACAGAGGUCGACGGCGCCGUCCAGUAACACGCUCUUCCCUCCUUCGGGGCAGCAGGCCUGCUCGGCGCCCAACCCAUCCCUAGGAUCCACCCCGGUGGUCCCUUUGCCUCGCGCCAAGUCCACGCAGAUGUUGGUGCUGCCUGGACAACAGGUCGAUCCGCAGAACACCUCCAUCACCUCGCUCUUGGCUGCUAUGUUUCCGGAAUUGCCACCAGGCGGACAGUUACCUGGUUACAGACCGUCGAACAAGUCGUGCGAGCAAACCUUGACGGUACCCACCUUCGUGACGACCAUGGACCAUGGGCAGACGGAUUGUUGGAACGAGAAUAAGACUGCUAACGUCAUCGAAGAUUAUCAUUCCCUGGAUACUAGAAGAAUUCGUCUGGAACCACGAAGUCAUCGGAUAGCCUCUCGACAGCCCCUUCAACCAGUCAGCAACGAUCAGAACAACUUUCUUUCCAGCAAAACGAACGUGAACGGGGAAAGUUACCUACCUGAACAACAGCCUCUGCACACGGCCACCCUGGACAGGGUGACGUAUCGAGCUAACUCUCGAAAGCAAAGCCAUCAACCUGGCGGCAAGUACAAUCAGUCGAACGGACUCGAGUCCCGCAGGUAUCAUACGAUCGGGAAGACUGGUUCCAGUCAUAGUCAGAGGAAUCGGGGAGAGAUUCAAGACUCGAUGAACGGCGGUGGACUACCGAACAGUCACUCGAUGAUAGCAGAUCCUCUGUACAAAAGGACCAACUACUCGUCGACGACCACGGAUUCCUUCUUUUAUCGCACCAAUGGCACCAGCGGACGUAUACACGGUGUCGCCGAGAGACCGAGGAGACCGAAGAGCACCGAGAGGCUGCUGGACGAAGUCGAGCGUAACGAGUACUGCGAAAUCCGAAGGGAGAGACCGAGAAGAAGGGAGGAGAGACCGGGUAUCAAGUCUCCUCGCAAUGGUGUCGCGUCCUGUUACAGCGACGAGAAACGCAGGAGACCGCAGAGCGAGGAGAAGAGGAUUGAGGUGACCAAUGAAAUGUUCUACAAGGUGAUGACCGCGAUGUCCGAGCCGAAGAAGGAACAGAGGAUAGAAAGGAGGAGGGACAGGCACGGGAGGAGGCCGCAUUCCGCGCCUGUUUUGGAUAUCGAUCAUCCGAACGAGGAGAACAGGAAGUGUAGUCAUAGGAACAGGAAGCCGGCUCCACCACCCCCUGCAUAUCAGGACCCAGCGGUAGCGCCCAUGCCCAAGUACCGACAUCCCCCUCCGGCACCCACGACGAGCGUCCUGGAGGUGGAGAAUAAUAAUAAAAUCAUUCUGAAGGUGGAAGCCAUCAAGUCGCCGGUAGAACCGGCUGCGACCAACGGCACGACGCCGUCCGACACAUCGAGCGCCGGUGCACCGCCGCCCAACGUGAAAAGACUGAGAUGCGCCAGCGUGCCGGUGGCGCAGAACAAGGUCGUGGUGCCACGUAGCGCGGUGUCUUUGCCUUGCAUGCCGAUCCGCGACAGCAAGGACAGCCUUAGCAACAAUCUUCCCGUCAUUCCAAAUCCUCUUAGCCCGCCGUCCAGCAGACCCAGCAGCCCGACUACCAGUUCCAGCUCCAGCAACCUCACGUCCGAGUGUUCCGGUUGGGUCAGCAGCGGUGACACGUCCAGCUCGGAGCAACGUCGUAACGCGAAGCUGUCCAGCGAACAGCUGCGUCAGAAAUUGUCCAAGAUCGUGCCGAGGAAGGAUAGGCCAACGCCGACCAAGGAGAGCGUCGAGGAACACUCGUACGAGGAGGUGCGACUGCCACCACCGAAGAUGUUCCAGGACGAACCUCCGCCCCCGGAGGAAUUCCGCGACCCACCUGCGAUCAUCGAUAAUCCUCUCUACCACGUUUACGAGACCGUCAAGCCGGUCAGAAGUCCGAAACAGACGAAAACCGCGCCCUGCAGCCCGCAGAAAAACAGGGACAGAGAAAGGGACAGGGACACUGCUUACGGAGUUAGGGACAUCUGUUUGGAUUGCUAUCAGGAGGGCAAGGAAUUGCUUCAGUCGACUCAGGACGAUGCUAUCAAUUUCAAGAAGUGCAAGGAGGAGUUCAAACGACAGAUGAGCUUCUCCGGGAAGAUCUACAGAGAACGCAAGGAAGCGCAGUUGCGUUUCCAUAAACGUGCCCAUUCCCUUGGAUACGGUGACCUUCUGACCCCGUCGUCGGUAAAACCUCUAAGAUCGAAUGUGCCUCUUAGCGAUUAUCCGAGCCUGGCAUCCACCAUGCCGUACUUCCACAUCAGCAACGAGUACCGGCUGUUCUCACCGGAAGGUGCUCACCUGAUCAUCUGCGUGCACGGUUUAGAUGGAAAUCCUGCCGAUCUUCGUCUGGUCAAGACGUACUUGGAAUUGAGUCUUCCUGGGGCGCAUUUAGACUUUUUGAUGUCGGAGAGAAAUCAGGGUGACACUUUCUCGGACUUCGAAACAAUGACCGAUCGACUGGUAGCUGAAAUACUUCAUCAUAUCGAGACAUCGGGAUUGAACCCGACGAAAGUGAGCUUUAUCGGACAUUCUUUAGGGACCAUCAUCGUAAGAAGCGCUCUGACUCGGCCUCAAUUACGACCGCUUCUUUCGCGUUUACACACCUUCCUCAGUCUGAGCGGUCCACACUUGGGUACACUUUACAACACCAGCGGAUUGGUUAACGCAGGUAUGUGGUUCAUGCAGAAGCUGAAGAAAUCUGGCUCGUUGCUGCAGUUAGCGAUGAAAGACUCGUCGGAUGUCAGACGAUCGUUCAUGUUCCGGUUGAGCCAGAAGAGCAAUCUGGAGAAAUUCAAACACGUUCUUCUGUGCGGCAGCGCGCAGGAUCGAUACGUUCCGCUUCAUUCCGCUCGUAUAGAGCUCUGCAAAGCCGCCGUACGGGAUUCGACCGAUCAAGGUGCAGCGUAUCGAGAGAUGGUGCACAACAUCCUGUACCCGGUGAUGUCCUCCUCGGGGGUGAGUUUGGUCAGGUACGACGUGCACCACGCGUUACCAGCGACGGCGAACGCCCUGAUUGGCCGAGCCGCUCACAUCGCCGUCCUCGAUUCCGAGCUUUUCAUCGAGAAGUUCCUGCUGGUGGCGGGUCUGAAGUACUUCAGAUAAGGAACGGAGUAAUCUAGCUUCGACUUAGCGAAGGAAGAAAUAAAAUCGUGGUUACGUUCGAUCGAAGCACAAAAGGAGGGAGAAAAGCACUCGGAGCGGAUCAUCGUAACUCUCUGUGACGUCUGCGAUCUUAUUAGGAUUAAUUACUCGCGCGUCCUGUCGACAAUUGCCCCGUUUCCAUUCCCCUCGUUUCUCCCCCCCCUCGCCACUAAUUCCCUCACGACCACAUUAGGAUUACUCGAUGAAAUUUCCCGCGUCUCCGAAACGGGGCAAUUCAACGUUUUUACACGGCACAGCACGCGGCCAACUCGUUCGGACACGUUUUAAUAAAUCAAUCGUCGAUCAGAUUCUCUCGUUAGGUUCCUAAGGGUCAUUCCAUCGAAUCAUCAUUGACGAUUCAUCGAACGAUCGAAACGAAUGGACCUAUGUUUAUGCUGCGCGAAGAAUGGGCCUAUUAGCAGUCUUCUAUAGAGGCAGCAGGUGAUAGGGGUAGAAUGGAUGCGUCGAGUGUGAAGGGUAGUUUGAUGCGACAGUCAUCGAGAAUAAUUUUGUUACAGUACACUGCAAAUGAAAAUUAUUUCUUAUUUAUUUUCAGGUUUUUUAAGGAUAUUCUUAUUUUUACGUAGCUCGAUAUUAAUUCGAUUUUCUGUUUUUAUCAUAUUCAGUAUCAUAGGUAUCAUCAAACUACCCUAAGCAUUUAUCUUCGACCACUUAAAGUAUCGAAAUUUUCGGCCUAUCGCGAAAUCUAAGGCUAUCGAGAAAAUAUCAGACCACUCGACAGCAGAAAGUAGACAAAAGAAUAAAAUCGAUCGGAAACGAGGCACAAACGCGCGAGGAUUCGUCGAAAGAUCCUCGAGCGUCGAUCAUCAUCAUCGUCAUAAUCAUUAUCUUCAGAAAAUUCGUUUCAACAUCACUGUGAAAAGAGGGAAUAUAGAAUGAAAAAAGAAACAAAACGUAAAACUCGCCUUUGUUUCCCUCUUUUUUUAAACAUUCGAGAGAAUAGCGACCCGUCGCUACGACGAACACAUCGUGGCUCUCUUUUUUACAGCCCGGUGUCGAUGAACAAAUCGUAAUUAAAAGAAAGCAAGAAAAAAAUAAAUGGAAACGAAGUAUAAUAAAUUUAAGACAAUGCAAUGACACAUUGUCUAGACGCUAGGAAAGUUACGAAACGCAUGUCAAUUGUUACUCUCAGAUAAGUGUGUGAGUGCGUGCAGUGAGGAUGAGACGUGUCAAAUGAGAGAGAGAGCGUGAGAGAGAGGGUAUUCUAAUUAAAAGAAGAAAGAUUAAUUAACAAAAAAGAACGGCAACACAAAUGGAGAGAAGAAGAAUCAUUAAGAAGACGUCUGCGUUCGAGCGAUGAAAGUGACGGUGAAAAGAGAAGAGAAAAAAAUUGAAACAAGAGGAACGACGAGGCAAGUGACUAACAUUUCAGGUAUAUGAAAUCCCUCCAAUACUAGAUCUCAAUUGCUCAGAACAAUCUAUGUAAAAAAAAAAAAAAAAAACGUUAUACACUAAUCGUAAUCGAAGCAACGAAGACGCGUGGCGUCGCGUCUGCUAAUUGCUAAUUGCGAAUGUCAUCGGUAGAAUGGAAGGAAGAGAAAAAGGAGGGCAAAAAUUGACGAGAUUCGCUGUACGAUUAGAACAAUUUCAAGUGGCAGCAUUUGGGAAUAUUUUUAAUUUCCAAUUUUCCAUUAGAAAUAUUUUCCUGUUGAACGUGGCUUAUAUUGGGAAGCCUCAAAGAGUGAUAAUUUUCCUUUUGCUACCUUCCAGGCAGUAUAAAAUGUUAUUUGUUCCUUUUUUUAACUAUUCGAUAAUUUUUAUUUUAUUUUUCAGGAAGAAAAUUGCGCCUGUUGUACAACGAUUCUCUCUCUAAUAUCAUUAACCCUCUGCGCCCAGUAUAAACGUUUACUUAUGCACUUGUACGUGUACGCCUUUACAAUAUAAAAAGAAUUGCGCACAUUCGUUAUCCGUGCAUCGUAUACUGAAAAAUUUCACGUACUGUUGUAACACGAGUACAACAUUCGUUUCCCAGAAUUUCAAAUUACACGAUAAGUAUCCCACGGUGAACAGCAAAGCACAAAAAUCCUUGGAACUUUUCUCGUUCAGCUAUAAGAUCGCGUCGUUGUCAUUGAUUUUGUGCCUCACCCUCUGUCGUUGUUUUAAUCGCCGCAUAAUCGAGUGGAUCAGAAGCGAAGAAACUUAUUUAUUCAAGCUAUCGAGGGGAAACAAUAGAUUCUGCUAAUGAUAUAUUUAAUCAUUUCAGGUAGAAUCUUCUUCGUAAUUUAUUUACGUUCGUCCCCCUUGAGUGACAAUUUAUUGAACGUUUAAAUAAAUAUGGAAUUAACCCUUCGAACGGUGGCGCAGGAAGGUAGAUCUAUGAAAGAUAGACAAAGGUGCUUCGACUAAAAUUAGGCAAUGAAUUUUUUAAACGAAAGAGUUUCAUGUAUUGGGAAAUAUUUAAAGUAGAGCUUACUGCUUAAAAUAGAGGGUUAAUUGGAGGGUUAAUUUUCAGUAAUAAAAGAUGGUAUAUAAUUUAUAUAAAAUUUCUUUAAAUUCGAAAUAUUUCUAAUCCGAGGAUGUUUGAAACUUGGUUCGUCUUCGCUUCUAAGCCUCUCGCUCGUUCCCAUUCAUUUCUAAAACGAUUUAUCGAAAUACUCGCGCGUACACCCUUUUCUAACUUGCGUAUUUGUAAUAUAUCUCGAACGUCGUCCUGUCUUCGAUACGAUUAUGAAAGUAGCAAGCGUUCAGCGUGCUUGCGACACGAUUUUCGCGUGAAAACGGGUUGCCUCGUGAGCGAGGAUACGCGUUUCACCCCUGUUGUCGAUCGAUAGAAAAAGAGUUUUGCCGCGAAUAAGACAGAAAAGGAGUGGAAAGGACUCGACGAGACGACUAAAUUAAAAAAAAAAAAAUGAAAAGAGAAGGAAAAAUGUCGAGCGAUAAAACGGAGGAUACCGUAGAAGGAGAAGGUUUUGCAGUUGCAAAAGCAACGUGGAUGAGCAAGUAACAACAAUGUAUACACUAUACAUAGUAUAUGGAUGCAUAUGAAAAAGCGAAUAAAUCUACGUAUACAUAAAUGAGAUAGAUUAAUAAAAAAAAAGAGAGGUGUCUAGUGUUAUUACCGUUA